AUGGGAGUCAAGGGACUCUGGAACUGGCUUGGCAGCAACAUCAAGGAGCGAACGCACCUGCGAGAGUUCUCAGGGAAAACCAUUGCUGUCGACGCAUCUUCUUGGCUCCACAAGGCGGCGUGCGGCUGCGCCCUCGCUUUGCUUCUUUUUGAAGAGACAAGGCGCCUGCAGAGCGCCGACGGGGAGCCGAGAGGACCGCGAACAGGGGUAGAUGGAGAGCGCCCUAGGGAGGCCGCCGGCGGCAAAGCCUUCCAGAAAGAAAACGGAGACGACGAAGAUAUUGCAGAUGAGUGUGAAGCCUACCACCAAAUUCUUCGCUUUUGUCUCGGAAAGAUUCGCCUCCUCACCUCCUUCGGAAUUCGGCCCUUCCUGGUCUUCGAGGGCGGCCAGUUAGAGGCGAAGGCGCCGGCGAAUGAGAGCCGACGGCUGACUCGCGAGCGCCACGCGGUCCAGGCCGUCGCUGCGCACCGAGCAGGAGAUGUCGGCAGUGCGCGGCGGCAUGCAGUGGGGGCGAUCUCGGUUUCUUUGUCUCUCCGGAACUUUGUGUUUCGAAAGCUCCAGAGCUCUCCCGGGGUCAUUUGCAUCGCUGCAGCCUACGAAGCAGACGCGCAGAUGGCGCGCCUCGCGGCAGAUGGCCUUGUUGAUGCGGUGCUCACGGAGGACGGCGAUCUGCUGGCGUACCAGGCUCGAAAGCUGAUUUGUGUGCUGGCGGGGUGCGACUACGCACCAAACAUCCCCGGCGUUGGAGUGCGAACCGCGGCGCGUCUCGUUCAAAAAUACGGCGCCGACGUUCACGCUAUUCUUCAAGAUCUCCGGGCUUCCGGGAAACCUAUUCCAAACAACUACGCUCACCAAAUACGCGUAGCCCUCUUGACGUAUCGCCAUCAAACUGUCUUUGUCAUUUCUCCGACGUGGGAGAUCCGCAUGGCGCCUCUCACGGAUCUGCCAUCUGCGUCUCUGUCUCCAGACACCCUUCGCUGCCUUGGUGUUGUUUACGACGACGACACUGCCCGAAGUCUCUGUCUGGGUUUCCGCCAUCCUACCACGCUGAAGAUGCUUCACCCUCGCAUGCAGCCGCGAACGCCUCCGCCGCUCUAUUGGUUGCGCUGCGAAGAAGCGAGCGCGAAGACGCAGCAAACCACUCAACUGAGAGAAGCCCAUGAACUCGAAAAUGAAAAUGAACAUGGCCUCGCCAACGCGACCUCCACUCCAUCUGGAGCCGACCUUAAACACAUCGCCUGCAGCCCCGACGGCAAGCUCUCAGCUGGGAAACUCGGCCUGCUUCGGAGACGUCGUUCGUCUGCGCGGGAGGCGGAAGACGAAUGCAGUGGAGACGCGAAGAAGGCGAAGAAGUACCGGUCCGAAAAACUGAGCGAAUCACAGAGACUGCUUCGAUCAGAUGCCUGCACAACAGAGCGAGAGACACAACUGGAGACUGAACCACCCGGUCGCUGCAGCCUUGAAACGUGCAAGGCUCCCCACGUGGGUGUAUCUGUGCACCGCACGGCAGAUCCGCGGUCGUUAGCUGCUGAGGCGAAUCCUGUUUUCUGUGAAGAGGCGGCUGACAAGGAAGGAAACGGCGAAAGGCCAGGCCCAUCGUUUGCAGAAGCGCCUGGACAGCUCGACGAGAUGGAAGGCCCCAGCGGGGCCGAAAGAAAACCGAGCCUUCCCGCUGAGCGCGCGGCCGUUAGCUCGCCCGUGUUGAAGUCGGAGCGAAGCUCUCAGAAAACGACAUUUUGUUCCUCGCUCAGGACACCGAACGCCAGUGUCGCUCUCAAGAGGAACCCAGCGUUCUUUGGCUUACUCGGAGUGCGCCGCGGUCUUCCCGGUUUGCAGCGAAAAGACAGUCAAUCCCGAGACUGA